CAUCAAAAAGGCCAACCAAAAAGAAAAUAUGAUGAGGCAUAUCUUGCUCUUGGAUUUACAGCUGGUGUGGUGGGGGCAGAUGAGAGACCUGUAUGUGUUCUGUGUCUCAAAACUUUAGCUGCAGACAGCAUGAGACCCAACAAAUUAAGACGGCAUUUAGAGACAAAACAUCCCAAACACAUGAAUAAACCGCUUGACUUCUUCCAAAGAAAACUCUCGGAAUAUCGUCAACAGGAAAGUCGAAUGGUAAAAUCUACCUCAGUUAAUAAAAAUGCACAGAUGGCUUCUUUCAAAGUUGCGUACAGGAUUGCCCGUUGCAAGAAACCACACACGAUAGCUGAGCAGCUCAUUCUCCCCGCUGCUCUUGACAUGGUGUCAGUUAUGCUGGAUGAGACGAGUGCUGCCAAAUUGAAAACUAUACCUCUGUCAAAUGAUACCGUUGCAAAACGUAUAUGCGACAUUUCAAAUGAUCUCGAGGACCAACUCGUGGAAAAACUAAGAGACACACGAUUUGCACUGCAAGUAGACGAGGCUACUGUCAGCAAUCAAGAUUGUUUGUUUAUUUCAUAUGUCCGUUUUGUAUGCUCUGAGUCACUGAGAGAGGAUUUGCUGUUUUGCAAGUAUGUCCAAACCAGGGCGACGGCUGAUGAACUCUUUAAGAUUCUUGACAGUUAUCUCACAGAACAUGGUCUGAAAUGGGAAAACUGUAUAGGCUUUUGUUCUGACGGUGCUCAGACGAUGGCAGGAAAAAGAAAAGGACUGCAAGCACUUAUAAAAAGGGUCGCCCCAGAAGCGCAAUGGACACACUGUGUUAUUCACAGGGAAGCUCUGGCAUCAAAGCAUCUCAGCCCCGAACUUAACGACGUCUUGACUGUCGUUGUGAGCGCAGUCAAUUUCAUCAAAACCCGGCCCUUGAAAGCGCGACUGUUCUCCGCACUUUGUGAGGAGAUGGGAGCUGAUCAUACAGCCGUGUUAUUUCACAGCGAUGCAAGGUGGCUGUCCCGUGGCAAAGUGUUGUCGCGAGUUUUUGAGCUUAGAGCGGAGAUUCUGGCUUUCUUGGAAGCGGAACGUGUGUAUGACAUUUCAGGAAAGUUCAGGGAUGAACAAUUUCUAAUGAAACUGGCCUAUCUUAGCGAUCUAUUUGGAAAGCUAAACGAAUUAAAUCUUCAGCUUCAAGGCAAAGACAAGCACCUACCUCACCUAGCAGACAAGAUCACUGCAUUUAUCCGAAAGCUUGAUGUAUGGGGCAGGCACCUUGAUGAAGGAAAUACUGCUGCCUUUGAGAAUCUGCAUGAAAUUUCUGAAACCAGUACCUCCGGAGCCACCACAGUGAUCCCUUGUAUCAAACUGCACAUCUCUACAUUGACACAAUUGUUUCAAAAAUACUUUCCAAACAACAGCAUGCAGUAUGACUGGAUUAUCGAUCCAUUUAAUACACCAGCACCUGCAGAUUUCAGCUCUGCAGAAGAGGACCAAUACAUUGAGAUGACGAGUGACUCCACUUUUAGGCUGAGGUUUCCAGCUCAGACACUGAGUGAAUUCUGGCUUGGAGUGGAGAAAGAGUAUCCACUCAUUGGGCAGAGGAGUCUGGCCGUUCUUCUUCCUUUUGCUACAUCCUACCUUUGCGAGAUCGGAUUUUCAGCUGUUGCUUCACUGAAAACAAAAUACAGAUCUCAUCUUAGAAUUGAGCAUGACUUGAGAGUGGCAGUAUCAAGCCUUCAACCUCGUUUUGAAAACAUGUGUGCUACAAAACAGGCUCAUUGCAGCCACUAAAAUAGUAAAAAAA